CUUUAUACGGAUUAUAAUAAAGUCAUUCACAUGAAUAAAAGGAAUUUUUUUCAAAGUUUUUAAUUAAUUUGUUACACUGAUCAGAAGGAAACGAUUGUUGAAGGAUUAUUUUUAAAAAAGAAUUGGGGACUUAGAUUAUAAGGAGACCUAUGUCCGUAUAAAUAUAUACCAGAAGUCAUUGUUAUAAUAGAGAACGGAAGUGUUCACGUAUUCAAAGUGGAGUCGAACUACGAAACACUGCGGUUAAACACUCAAUUAGAGACGGCAGCCUUACACGGAAGACGGUUCUUCCAGCCCGCCAGCUGCCAUGAUAAUAGUUCAAAAGGCUCGCAGGUGACGCCCGUCAUAGACUAUUUUGAUUAUGUUAAUCCGUCUGAUGCCGACGAGAGUGAAAGAGUAGAUACAGGGGACGAUGAUUUGGAAGUGGAGAACAACGCUUCCGAGAGCGAAGGCUUUCAUUCAGACUCUAAAUUGGACUUUGAGAAAAAAUCUCAACUCAAGUCUGAUCUAAAAAGCAAUGGAUUAGAUAAUGAUAGAACUAGUAUAAAUUCAGAGAAAGAAUUUGAUGCAGACUUUAUUGAAGAAAAGAAAAAAUAUGAUAAAAUAUCUGCUGAAAUAAAUGAUACUAUAACAGUUGAGGUUAAUUCUACUGCUGAAGAGGUACCUAUAUGUGGGGAUGAUAAAACACUUAGAAUUGAUGAUGUAAAUGAUAUCUGUACUAAUAAUAAUGGCCUAAAAGUAAAGAAAUUACGUAAGAUUGAGCAUAAAAGAAGAAAUAAGGUACUAAAAAGAGACGUAAAACCGAUCGAUGAUCAAGAUAAUGAUGUAAUAGAAAAUAAAGCCGAGAAUAGCAAUAAGGAACUAAUUACUGGACAAAAUGAACAAUAUGUUACAAAUGAUGUAGAAUCUACGCUGGCAGUUGAAAUAAAAGAGUUUGAGCCGCUUAGUACUGCUGAUAAUGAGGUUGAACAAGAACUUGAAGAAGAGAAAGAGUGUGUGGAGAGUGUUAUUUCCGGUUUACGUACCGAAUUGACCUGUAAGCCGGAAUACCGAACGGCUCUUCAAGUGGACACUAGUUAUCAAGCCGGUGUUAGUAGCGAUUCAAAUUGUAGCCAAUACAGCGCAAGUUCUUGGAAUAGCGAGCAUGAUACUAGUAGCAGUCUCGAUCCAAGUCCAAAUUUAUGGCAUUCGUAUAUUGACUCUGGUAUAAGUCUCGGUACUAGUACAGGGGGUAUCUAUAGUGAUACUAGUGAUGUUAGCGGGGAGGACUGUAGUUUCUAUGACAACCCUAAUAACCAAAGAUUUCAAACUGACUUCCAGCAAACAACAGAUGGCAAAUACGUUCAAAUUCGGACAUUCUUUCCAAGACACAAACUGUUUUAUAGUAACAGUAACUGUUUUUCAAAUGGUGCAAUAAAAAAUAAUGGUGCAUUUCCAAAUGUAAAUAUAUAUUCGGAGAGUGACGGUGUUGGUGAUUAUGAUGGGUAUGGUGGUAACUAUAGCGACCCCGUUGUAGGGGCAGAAACUAAUGAAAUAAGCUGUGAUUACUGCCAAUUUUGUGCGUGCUCGGAGUACGAGGGUUGUUCCCUAGAACAGAUGCUUCCUGGGGAUAUUUUCUAUUAUUCUUCCAACUCAUUGGUUCUGUGCGUUAAACAGAACAGGCAUUGUGAACAAGUGGACUUUCGUCCGAAACAGGUCACACCCAAGUCUGCUGCUUUGAAUCCUAAUGCAUCUGUGUUCCUAAGUGUCAAGACAUCUACCCCUGGUGCUCAACCAUCUUAUACAGGACAGUACGAUCAUAACGACAGUGGCAUAGGAAAUACAACCAACAGUACUUCUGAUUUCUCAUAUACCAACGGUGACAUCAGUGUCGAUAAAUCCGACGCUGGGGUGUUCUCCCCGACGUCCGACUCUCCAUUCCAGGCUGACUUACCAACAUUCACCGACAAUCAUAAUUUCAAUGAGAACAGCAGUGCCACAAUGAAGUUGGAGGAGACGGUUGGGAACCUAUUAUUAGACAACACAGGAAUGUACGGCGUGGAUGCCGUGCCACCCGCAGCCAACUUCAGUGGAGUGGAGGCCGUCCCUAUGACUGGUAUACAGUAUAGUACUGAAAAUGGUAAUGCAGAUGGUGAUACAGAGGGUAAUGUUACAGAUGAUCAGCUGAGACAUGUUCUCAAAAAUCAGCUCGAGUCAUACUGCUCAAGAGAAAAUUUAUCCAAUGACUCUUACCUGCAAUCUCAGAUGGAUGCCGACCAGUAUGUUCCCGUAGCAACGGUUGCCAAUCUUGACCAAAUACAGAAAUUGACCAGUGAUACACAGCUUAUCGUAGACUUGUUACGUGAGUCCAACUUCGUGCAAGAUGACGAGAAAGGUGUAAAAGUUCGGCCAAAUCAUAACAGAUGUAUUGUGAUAUUACGAGAGAUACCAGAGUCAACCCCUGUCGCAGAUGUACAAGGGUUGUUUGGUGGCGCUAACUGCCCUAAAUUUGUGAGUUGUGAAUUUGCACAUAACAGUAAUUGGUAUGUGACGUUUGACGCACAGAGGGCCUACCAGUAUUUACGAGAAGAAGUUGGCACAUUUCUUGGUAAACCUAUAAUGGCAAGAAUAAAGGCAAAGCCUUUAAUCCACAAUUAUCCUCGAAAUGGCUAUAUUAACAAGCGGUUUCAACCGCCUCCUCCGGUAACAGCCCAGUUGCCUACGGAAGUUGUUACCUCGUCAGCCCCACAACCCCAGUUCACUGCCACACAGCCGUUCACACUGAUGCCAAAUGUAUUACAGUAUCUAAAUAGUCAACAGGCAAUUCCAUUUUACCCCCCACCCCCAAAUCCUCUACUUCAAGCCUGGACAAGUCCUACAACUAUAAUGGAUCCUAGUAUGGUGUUAGCAAUGAACGGUUACCAGGCAACCAGUGUAAAUGUGAACUCUCAAGUCAACAAUAGAAAUAUGUUCAACAGUGUCAGUAGGACUACAAACAAUAAUACCAGAAAUCAAAAGCAGCAUGGCAAUAGUGGUCAGCCAAUGGGUCGUGAUAGGAUUAAUUCCAACGACUCGCUACCACCUCGUCUUCAGCACCAGCAGCACGAGCGCCAACAACACAACUCUGUAAACAACAUGCACAAAAACAGUCAACCGAUCUCAACCCAUGCAUCAGCGUACCAGGGUCGACGUGGUGACGGCCCCGGCCAUGUCAGCCAUAACAACCACAGUAGCCACCACAGUCACCAUGGCAACCACUCGCAUGGCGGACAUUCGACACCGAUGUCACAUCCCCCACACCAUCAUCAGCAUCCCCCGCAGUCGAUGCCGCAUCACCAGGGUCAUCAUAUGCACCAACAGUCGCAGCAUUUAGAUGGCAACAACAACACCAACAAUAACAACAGUAAUGGUGCAUCUUUACACAAUAGAACCUCCCAGGGGAUGGACUUAUCCCAAAGAUAUGCAGGAAAAAGCUACAAGAGUCGGAGAAGGAGGGAAGAAGAUGGUGCUAGACCUAAUAGGUCAAAUUCUUCCCAGCCUUCAACCCGUGAUGGUCAAUCGGUACACCAGGCACGACCCAUGUCUAUAGACAAGUUUGAUUACGAACCAACAAGUUUCCCACCACUGCCAGGAUCGGGGAAUAACGCCUCAUCUGGGGAAAUUUUUGAAAGCAAAUUGUCCGAUGUUGUCAAGGGGACGGCCAAACCUCAAGUGAAAGAUGUUCCAAAACCAGUCAGCGCUGUAUUACCGGUAUCCACGGCAACCACUACAGUGACGACAUCAAAACCAAAUAUGUCGUCAAGUAGAGAAGAUGAAGUCACUCCCAGUAGUAACCAGUGUCUAAGUAGUUCUUCAUCGUGUUUGACGUCGGCAGCACCCGUCACCAAAAGUACGACCGGAAAUCUGUCGCAACAACCUACUGUCUCUCAGCAAGUCAGAUGUUCAGCAAGUACGAUACAAUCAGUGCCUGAUAGUCGGGCCGGACGUGAGCCAGAUGUGAAGUCUAAUAAAGACCGAGAGUUGGAAUCCCGACCAAAUCGGGACAGACAACAACAACAAUCAAAUUCAGAUGACAAUACUGCCUCACUUUCCGCCAACUCAGUCAAACUCUCCUACGCUCAAAUGGUGCAAAAAACAAAAGUCGCUGAAGUAUCUGCUAACUCGCUCGCUGACCAAUCAGACGAGUCGGAGAGCGAGGACGCCGAUUCGUCUCAAGCUCCGAACCGAGCACUUAAAGAACAGGGUCAGCACCCGACUCAGUCUAGCUCAAAGCCAUCAACACGUGGGUCUGGGAAAGAUUUCUCGCGUAAAGACAGUAGAGAAAAUGAAAGUGAUUCUCGCCGAGACGAUAAAGACUUGAGAAAGGAAAAUGACUAUCGUAGAGACGAACCACGUGAACAGAGAAAUAGACGACUGAAAGAAAAUCGCGGAGAGCGUAGGUACGGUGGAGAUCGCGACUUCAGUUAUAGAAAUGAUCGUCGUGGGAGAGAUGGACCCCAAGCACGUGAAAGAGAUGCCCCAAAGCCUGCCACCGCCGCUGCGAUUGCGAAGUGAAGGGAUGAAAUAAGGCAGCAUCUUGAUUGUUUCACUGGGGACGAGAAAAGAGAAUAUUUGCAUUUCAAAUGACAUAUCAGCAUUUCUAUUGGGAUUUGGGUUAUUUUGUUUUUACACACACACAAAAAGUUGUAUCAUAUGAUACUGGUGUAACUAUUUGAAAGAUUCCAGUUUUCUUUUUUCGUACUUUACUGAAAGCAGAUGGUUUGUUGAUGACCGAAGUUGAUUAUAGGAAAUAUUAAACUGGACCCGGCAAUCAAAUUGCGUUUCGUUCAGUCUCUGAUUGAUAAUUUCCUAUUGGAAAAAUAUGAUGGAAAUGAAAUUUGUAUGGAGAAAAAAUAAAACAAUUGAACCUUGCUUUAAAAAGUGUAAAGGAUGACUGGUUGGAUUUGAGUCGAUUAUUAUCAUGGGAAGUGAUAAUUGUAAUUAUCAUGCAAGUUGAUAUAAUUAUCAUGCAAAGGUGAUAAUUUUGUUAGGAAUGAUAACUGCACAUGCCGUCUGCUGAUUGAUAUUUAAGCGUUGACCUGUUUCAAGUGAGUGCCAAGUUCUGACACACAACCAACCAUAUUAUUUGCGAGUUUCUCUCGUUAACAACCAUAUUUUGUUUUUCCGGUUUACUACGGAGUUUUCCGGUUUUACCGGAGAUCAAUGAAAUUUUGAAAUGGAUAAUUUAUGUUUGUAUUUAUCUGGUUGAUAUUUUUGUCAUAUACUCCUGCAUUGUGAAAACAAAACACGUUUUUUUUUUUCUUCAAUAUUCAAGAGGUAUUUUGUAUUUAUCAUUUUAAAACCUUAAUGGAUAACUGCUUUUUGUUUCAUUCUGCCGUCAUUGUGUAGAACUAUUUAUAACUUUGGGCUCUUUCAUGAAGUUUUAAUCACAUUUUCAUAUCAUAUAAAAGUUUCAUAGUUUACCUUGUUGUGUCCAAGAGCAAUAUCCUGGCUAGUCAAUAAACCGGACCGAACCGGUCCCGUGCUCAUUCCGGUCACCUGGUAGAGAUCGGUGAUCGAGCAAUUGUAUAAUGAACCGGAUUUUAGUCAAAAAACUUGAUUUUAUCGGGGAUUUAGUUUGACUAUAAAGAUAGCAUAAGAUGUGGAAAUUGUCAUUUUGAGAAUUUUAAUAUCAGGUAUAGAAAUGAUACUUGAUUGUCAAAGAUUUAUAAAGAUAACCAAGUUUCUAUUGCAAAUAAGUGAUAUGCAUCUAGAGAAAAUAUUAUAAUAAGGCUUGGGUUGUCCAUAGUAAUAAUUGUAUCUUCAAAAAAGUGUAAAACUACCUCUAUACAAAUGGAUUUUGUUACAGCUGAUUUGAUUGGCUAAGAGAUUGUUCACAGGAUUUU